AUGAGCGCUUGCGACUCGGUACGUGGGCUUUCGCUGGUGGAGCCGUCCACGACGCCGCGCCUGAACAGCACUCCUUUCUCAGCUACCUAUAUUGAGGAGUUGCUCACGCCUCGGCUGCUCUCUAGUCCGAUCCCUGACGUCUCGCAACUGGUGGGCUGCCUCCUGUGCGAUGCUGUGCGCCUUCAUCACGAGGAGCAACGGCAGCAACGACAGCAGCGACACAGGGGUGAAAGCACGCUUACCUACGCCAGUUCUGGGAGCAGCGGUAGCGUCAUCAACACGCAGGUGGACGCCACUCUCGACGUGCUCGAAACGGCGGGAGGGGAAUCACUGCCGUUUCCCGAGGCGCGCUGCGUUGACGUGCUGCAUUGCAUCUGUGCAUGCUUUUCCCGGCUUCAGCUGGCCCCUUUGAACGCAUCACCGUCAUCGGCUGUGCCUCAGCGCCAGUCGCUACAACGCGUGGCGUAUUUGGUCGAGCGUGCUGCCACGUCGCACAUUUUUUGCCACCUCCUGCCGCACUGCAGUUUGGCGUCAGAAGAAGUGCAGCAGGCGCUGCUGUACGUGUUCCAGGCUGUCUGUUGCGCCUCCUCCGCGACAGCCAGCGAGAUGGGAGACUGCACCCGCAGCGACACCUCGACGAGCGCGGCGACGUGCGCCGAGAUGGCGCAGGUGCUUUGUGACCUCCUCUGGUUCACACGCAUCGUAACACCGGCGCAGUUGAUGCCACUCUUGGACGAGCUGGUUACAGCAUCGCCCACGCUGCAGCUAACAUCGCCGUCUGCAUCAUCGUUGUCUUCUCUCUCUGCGUGUGUUUCAGGCGCACGGCAGAAUCGGCACCACCUAGCGCGCUGUGGUAGCGGUGGCGCUCUCAUCACGGCCCGUCUGCUUGUGGACCAGAUGGAUAUGCUGCGACCCGCCAUCGCGACGUGGGCCAUGGGGGAGUUUGAAGAGGGCCUUGCCGAGGUGCUUGGAUCCGACACGCUUCAGUCGGAUGGUGAAGACCUGGAAGGCGAGGAAAGGGGCAACGGGAGCGACACGGACGAGGACGGGCCACACCCGCAGCGGCUGCAGCAGCCGCGCGGUAAGAUAGCAAAGCUGCCUCAGGAGGCACAACUGACUCGCAAGCGUCGAGGCCUGCGGGUCCUGGCACGCGUGCUUGAGGUGCUUGUGGCGCUGAUGGAGCUGCACGUUGACCUGGCCGAUCCGUUGCUUCUCUCGCUGGCGCCGCAUCUCGAGCACACCUGCCCUGAGGUGCGCUUACUGCUGCUGCGCGGCUUCAGCGCUGUCUUCGCUGCGAACGAGGCGGCGGUGCGGACGUACCGAGCCGCUUUCGUUGGCCCCUUUCUGAGCCGCUUUUUGGAUGUCAAACCAAACAUUCGCAUGGACGCUGUGCGGCUGUCCACAGUGCUGCUUCAGCGCUACGGCGACAGCACGAGGCCUGGCGCCGGCCAUGCGGGUCGCCACACAAACGACUCAUCCGCCGAUCCGUCGCGUGCGCAGUCGCUGCAGCAGGACCUCUGGCAGGCGUUCCAGCCGUUCUGGGAGCGGUUGCUCACCGACCCUCAUGUCCUUGUGCGCAAGCAGGCUGUCGCCUCAGUAGCUGAGGCAGCCCUGGCAGCUCCGCUGCUGCUACAACCAUCACCCCAGCGAGACAACGUGGACGACGGGGGUCUUCGCGGAGGUCAGCAGACAGCACCCUCUUCCACGCACAGUCCCUCCAACUUCCUCGCACACACGCUGGGCCUGCGCGCGCUUGACAAGAACCGCCGCGUUCGUGGCGCCGCGGUGGAAUGGCUGACGCGGCUAUACAACGAGUACCGCCUCGUGUGGAUACCGAACGCGGUCCUGGACGCAGUGCGAGUCGACACCGGAUCGUCGUCACCAACGGCGCCAGUACUGCUGACCGCAGAGACGGUGGUCGAUGGCCUCUUGCCGGCCCCGCUCUCUUGCCUGCUCCCUUCCUCGGCUACGUGCACCGCUAGUGCCACUCAGGCCACUCUGACGCGGUGGUUGUCGCCAACGUCGCCAGCCGUGCUUCCGCCGACCAAAACGCCUGCUCUACUGGACUUUGAAGGAAGCUCCAUUGAGGAGACGCAGGUGUCUCAGCAGCGCCCGCCAGGCGGGGGCGGAUUCGAGGAGGGUGAUGCGUUGCUGGGCUUCGGUGAGUCAGCCAGCUCGACGAAGGAUGCCGGUGGUCGUGGUGUGCUAGCGGCAAAGAGCACCCCCAGUGCUGCUGCUGCUGCAGUGUCGGCGUACGUGGACGCCCUCGUGCAGCUCUGCCAGCACGUUGACGCCGCCCAUUUCGCGCAGCUCCUGCGUCUCUCUGAGAAGAAGCCGCAGCUGCGCCUUGCCAUUCGACGACUGUUCGAGUUUCAGAGCGCGGUCAAGGAGAGCAACGGUGACGUCAAGUCGGCCGAAGGUCAGCAGCGCAUCCACUCGAUUCAUCGACUCCUUACUUUCCUUCAGGAGACGACGGGGGCGAGCAAGGGGGAGUGGGAUGUGCUUUUUCGCGCCAAGGACGAGACGGUACGACGAGCGCUGCUGCGCGCAUGCGACGUGGCUCACAUGGACUGGGUAGAGGUGCGUGAGGGCCUUUUGCGCUCGCUGCACGGGCGUAUCGGCGCCGACGAGUUCGCCUUUGUCAAGCAGACGCUGAUUCCGCAGAUGUUCUUUGUUGUGCAACCUUCUCACCUUGCAGAGCUGAUGCGACGGCUGCACAUCAGCAUCUACACCAGCGCCCGCGGCAAAGCUGAAGUGGACGGCGCCAGCGCUGCCGGCACGUUGCGAGCGCUUCUGCUUCUCACUGCCGCAUCGCCGUCGUUCGCCGUGUUGUGCACCAAAGGCCUCGCAGAGGCACUGCAAGCUGCCGCGAAGCAAUCUAUCGGGCCUCCGCCGAACUGGUGCGCGCUACUGCUGCAGGCGCUUCAGCAGUGGGCCACGGCCGCUGCCACUAUGGCGGACACCAGCGCCACUGCCAUCGCUGGUGCAGCUCCUCUGCCCGACUCACUCAUCGCAACCCUUCGCGCGAUGGCGCUCGCGUCACUGCCCAUGCAGCAGACCAUCCCCCCCUCUCUCGCCUCUACAGCGGUGACACCGGGCACCAACAGCUGCCAUAGUGGGAUGGCUCUCUCAGCGCUGAAGCAGCUGGCAAAGCAAGCGACGCGCACACUAGUCGCUUUGCUGAGGGUCCCGGCCUGUGACACUAGCGCAGCGACUGCGUUGUACUCCCUCGCAUCGGAACUGGCGAAGUGCCUCGCUAGCGGCCGAGCGCUCACAAACAACGUUGAGGCCGUCGCUUGGCUUGCAAGUGUACGGGCCCUCUUGCGCUGCAGUGGUGGCAACGGCAGCGACAACCGCAUCUCGCCAGUAGAUGCUGCACUGGUGCUGCUGCAGGCCUCUACAACGCCGACCACCACUGCAGCCGCAGCAGAGCCAAUUCCGGCACUGCUGUUGUCCCUCUCCUCGCUGCUUAUCGACGCUGUUGAGGAUGUGAGCGGCAAGGCGGGACGGGCAAGGCUCAGGGCCCUCGCGACCCCGUCUGCGACGGGGGUGGACAGCGCCGAGGCUGCAACAGGGCGGGCGCACAGUGUCCUCUGCCACUCGCCUUUGAGCACCAACAUGUCCGUCGCUGCAGCCAUCGUGGAUGGGUCGGCCAAGGCCAUGGUGACCUUGGCACUGAGCUGCCCCAAGUCCUCGGACGCUGGUAACAGCGGCAGCAGUAACAAUGUCGCCAGCCGCGCCAACGCCGUGAAAUAUGCAUUGGGCGUGCUCCUGGAAGGCUAUAAGGCCUCCGCGACGGUGGCACCAGGGCGGCGUGGGCCAGACAGUAUCGGCAGUUGUCAGUGUCGAGUGGCGCUCGAGAAGCAGCUGGUGAAGCUGGUGCUGACGCCGACUCCGGUCAUCAGCAGAGAGCUGGCUGUCUCUGUAGUUCUCUCUGUGGAAGAAAACGCGCAUGUGCGUCAUGCUGUGCAGGCGAAGCUCGCAGGCCAUCUCCUGCAUCGCACCUGUGACAUGCGUGUGGCUGCUUUGCUGUUGCUGACUGCGAUCAGUGAGGACUCGAAGAGCUCCUAUCAGCGGCUGCGUGGGUUGGUGGAGACUGUCGGGGAUCACUUGCGGGCAAAGCAGUCAAGCCAAGGUGCCUCGCUCUCAUCGCCGUCGGCGCUCUACUGCUACUGGGAGUAUACCAUCCCCUUUCUGAUCCUCUUCCUCGCUCACCAUCCGUACUACUCAAGUGAGGAGGCGGGGAAUCAGUUCAUUGGUUUCCAGCGCGUGUGGCACCUCCUCAUCGGCGAGCUUCUCCGCCACGGUACGCAGUGCGCUGGAUUUGUGGUGGAGUUGCUGAGCAAGAUCAAGCAGGCAGAUGAUGCCCUGGAUCCGGCGAGCGAUGCGUGCCGUGUCAUGUGUGACCUUGCGAGCCGUGUACUGCUGGAGUGCCUCGGCCAGCGGCAGAGUCGGGCCGAAGACCUUCGCCGCUACCCAGGUGCCGUGCUCUUGCCAUCGUUCUUUGUGCCCACAUCGCGCGCUAGCCCGCAUAAAUUGCUGGAGACCGUCUUCCUCGACGACAGUGUGCGUGUGACCGCCAAUGCCCCAUUUCGGGUGCCCGCUGUCGGCGGGACCGCGAUGGGGGCGGGCAUUGGCAGCCGCGGCAGCAGUCGGCAGGCCACUCCACGCGCCUCGUCGACUGCCCUCUCUGGCGGCGCAGACGAGACCACAGAGGUGAAGUACGUCACCAGCGCCGCAGCACCAUACGGGGCGGGGACGGCUGAUACUGCUGUGCCGCCGUCUACACUGCGGAAGCGCACACGCUCCCCGAAAACUGGUGUAAGCACUGCCGUCGUCUCUCUCUCUCCGUCGGUAGGGUCACCAUGCGAAGACGAUGUGGUGGCGAAGAAAGAGGGCGUCAUGCCUCAGCGAGAGUGCGCUGAACCAGCUGUGGCGGAGAGCUCUAGCAGCUCUGGCCCACUGAGCGGCUCCGCAAUCGCUUCGCAGGAGUGGAAAGCAAAGCGGGCGGCACUGCAGCAUCUCACCAUUGAAGAGGCGCUCGAUGACCUCUUUCGUGGACUCACCAAGGCGGAUAUCGCUCAGCUGCGCUGGAAGGUCGUUCGCAGCCGCAUUGAGGAAGCACUCCGUGCGCUGGACUGCGGUCAACUCCCGCAUCAACAGCUAUCUUCCAUAGCCGAUGCAGGCGCUGGCGCUGACCUGGUGAUGAUAAAGGGAGCUUGGACCUCAGAAUCCGACAUGGAGGACUUGUUGCAGUACGCCAAGGAUCAGCUACGGGUGCGGUAUGAUCGUGCACCGGCGUAG